AUGCGCAUAUCCGAGCGUCUGUUGACCCUCUACACGCCUUGGCUUGCAGGCAAGCUUCGACAAACUCAGGUUCCUGGCCUCAAGGUUCUACGGAUUAUAUGUGAACAUUGGUAUACCGUCUCCGAUCUCGAAAUCCCGGCUCUGUCUCGCCUGGUAGCCUGGAUGAACAACUUUCCGUACAACAGCCGCACUCCGGACCUUCUGCCAUUACCCCCUACCUCUACGGUUGAAGAUCACAUCCUUCUGCUCAGCGCUUGCGACAUGCUAUGCAUAGAGGAGGGUGUCAAGAUUGCCUCUGAGCGUCUAUCAGAAGGUAUCAGCUCCUGCCCUCUCAGUCCCGACGAUGUCAAGCUGUUAUGGUACAUGUUCGGCAACACCCCCGAAAACGUCGAGACCAUAGCUCUGAACUUAGCCAUGCACAAGACCGACAAAGAUGAAUAUCUUCUCUGGUUCCUCCAGGAGGAGCUACCACCUGAGCAUACCAACGACCUUCUGCAUCGGGCCCAGUACUGGAAAGCAGAGAUCGCUCGAGAUGCAGGCGAGGCAACAUAG